CUGGCAAAUGCUAAAAAAAAAAAAAUGAAGAUGGUAUAGCAAUAUCAGUAAAACAUACACUUGAAUAAACAACAUGGAUUAAGAGAAACAGUAGAUCAUGAUAAAAAAUAUAUUUUAAAAGAUGGCAAUUGUGAAACCUAGAGUUACUCUGAAUAUAUGAAUCACUUGGAGGAAUUGAUAAAUCCUUUCUCAUUUUCAGAAAUUUUGACAUAACCAUUCAGAAGUGAUGAAUCUCUCAGACAGUGAGUGUUAAACGGAAUAACUAUACAUUUGGGUGAGAAUGAGGGCAAGAGCCUUCCUACACUGUCAGUAUACAUGUGUUGUCAUUACUCUUUAGGCAACGAUCUGGCAACAUCUAUUAACAAUACAAAUCCAGUAUUUUCACCAAUGCCUCUCCUGGAAUCUAUCCCAGAGAAAUAGAAGGACAGAUCUACCAACAUGCUUAUUGCAUCCUUGCUCAUAGAAACGAGGAAACAAAUAAAUUGGAUGCCCGUCAGUAGGAGAAUACAUUUUACAUAUGCCAUAAACCAAUAAUACAUUGCUACUAUUUUGCUUUUGAAAUCAGUUUUCUUUCAGAAUGAUUAAAAAUAAAAAUGUCGGAGAAGCGGCUGCAGCGCCCAGUGGAGGAGGCAGGAAGCCAAGCGUGAGCAGGGGCUGGGUGGGCACUGUGACCGGGAUCACCACCAUCGAGGCGGCGAAGCGCAGGAUCCAAGUUCUGUGGCAGCAAGAGGAGGAGGAGGAGCCGCAAGAUGACACAGAGGAGAGGGCCGAGCACCUGCAGCAGGAAGGUGAGGGGCAAAGGCGGGCCCAGAAGCAGGCCGAGGCCGAGGUGGCCUCCUUGAACCGUAGGAUCCAGCCGGACUGUGCCCAGGAGCACCUGCAAAAGCUGGAAGAAGCAGAGAAAGCGGCUGGUGAGUGUGAGAGAGGUAUGGAGGUUAUUGAGAACCAAGCCUUAAAAGAUGAAGUACAGAUGGAACUCCAGGAAAUCCAACUUAAUGAGGCCAAGCACAUUGCAGAAGAGGCAGAUCGGAAAUAUGAAGAGGUGGCUCAGAAGUUGAUGAUUAUUGAGGAGGACUCAGAAUUCCCAGAGGAACGAGCUGAGCUGGCAGAGUCCUGUUGCUGGGACAUGGAUGAGCAGAUCAGACAGAUGGGCCAGAACCUGAAGUGUCUGAGGGCUGCUGAAGAAAAGCACUCUGAGAAGGAAGACAAAGAUGAGGAAGAGAUAAAGAUUCUCGUGGAUAAACUCAAGGAGGCAGAGACCUGUGCUGAGUUUGCUGAGAGAUUGGUAGCCAAGCUGGAGAAGGCAAUUGAUGAUUUGGAAGAUAAGCUGAAAUGCACCAAAGAGGAGCCCCUCUGUACACAAAGGAUGCUGGACCAGACUCUGCUUGACCUGAAUGAGAUCUCAAGCACCCCAGUCCGGCCCUGCCGCUGCUCCUCCCGUGACCCCCCGACUCCACUCCAGCCUGCCCAAAGCGGCCUUGAAACCGAGGGCUGAUCUCUUAACUGGAAGGCUGCUUUCUCCUUUUGCCGCCUCUCCUACCCCAACCCCUGUGUCUUUUUUGCCAAACUGUCUCUGCCUCUCCCUAGAGAUUCCAGUUGGGCUUGAGGCUGAGCACCUUUGGGAACAGUGUCUAAGGGAAUGUGAGCACAAAGCAAAGUGUCUUUAAAAGCAUGUUGUAAUGUACACAUUUUAUAAUUAUCUUUGUUGUUGUUGAUGUAGCGACCAUUUGUAAAACAUUCCAAAUAAUUCCACAGUUCUGAAGCAGCAGUCUAACCCCUUCCUCGCAUUUGGAAAGUAGCUUUUCAGCUUAAUGCAUACCGCCCUCUCCACAGAGGAGGGAAAGCUGUAGGGGCCCGCCUUACUGAGAGCCAGAGCCUGGACGCUUCAUUGCUCUGUCCAAAGUACCAGCCAAAUUAGAAAUGUGGUUCCAGGAGGAGUUGGCUCAAAAAGUGGGGCUCAGGGUUUCCGCUUUAAGGUAUCUUUGAGCAACUUUAUUUUUAAUUUUUUUUUUUUCUGUCAGAUGUGACCAAGGGGUGGCUUGACCCCUUUUCAGCACUGUAAUGGAGCUACUCCCUUUAGAUCGGCUUGCACAGUUUCUCAUGAGCCGUCUACCAUAAUUCUGAUCUUUGUGUCUCCGUAUUUCCUGGGUUUUCCCCUCUCUGGCUGCCUUCAAGAUUUUCUCUUUGUCUUUGGUUUUCAAGGUUUAAGAUGAUGUCUACAUGUGUGUUUUUAUUUUGUUUUGUUUUGGGUGGGUUUGGAGGAUAUUCUCUGAGCUUCUUGGACCAUUGUUCGAUUCUUUCAUUAUUUUAAUGCUCAGCCAUUACAUCUUCAAGACUCUGUUAAGUCCACUGUUGAACCCCUCUAGGUGUUCUUUACUGCUAAUACCAUGUAUCUUUUAAAUUCUGGCAUUUACAUUUAUCACUUUCUUAUGGUUUUCAACUCCAUUGAAAUUCCCCAUCAGUCCAAACAUAUGUAGAUUCAUGGUAGAUUUUGUAAAUCAUAGUUCAUUUAAAUUUGUUUGAUAUUUUUACUAUCUUUGUAUCAAUCUGAUACUGCAGAUUACUUUGUCUCUUGGGUGUGGGUUGUUUUUACUUGUUUGUUUGUCUCAUACAUUUUGGUUGAAUGCUGGACAUUAUACUUUAUACAUUGUACGGGCUGAGAUAAAUUGUGUGGGAAUAAGCAUAGCUUUUUAUUUGCUGGAACAGAUAGUAAAUAUUUUUUACUUUGUGGGUCAUACAGUCUUUGAGGUAGAUUAUCUGUCACUGUCAUCUGUCAAUAAUAGAUUAAUUUUUUUAAUUAAUAUUUACAUGCUAUAUCAUUUUCCAUCCUUUUGUUUUCAACCUAACUAUAUUUGAAGUGAGUUCUAUUUGAAAUUUCUUAUAGGUAGCAUAUAGUUGGGUCUUAUGUUUUUUAUCCACUCUGUCAAUCUUUGAUUUUAAUUGUUUAGAACAUUUGCAAUUAAUAUAAUUAUUGAUAGAUAUGUUAGAGCUUAAUUCUGCUAUUUUACUCUUUUCUCUUUGUUCCCUCUUUUUUUUUUUUUAAGAUUUUAUUUAUUUAUUUGAGAGACAGAGAAUGAGAGACAGAGAGCAUAAGAGGGAGGAGGAUCAGAGGGAGAAGCAGACUCCCCGCUGAGCAGGGAGCCCGAUGCGGGACUCGAUCCCGGAACUCCAGGAUCAUGACCUGAGCCGAAGGCAGUCGCUUAACCAACUGAGCCACCCAGGCGCCCCUUGUUCCCUCUUUUUAAUAUGUCUGUCUUGUCUUUCUGCCUUCCUGUAUAUACUUGAACAGUUUUUUAGAAUUCCAUUUUGAUGUAUGUAUAGUAUUUUUAUGUGCCUCUCUGUGUAGAUUGGCUCUAAACAGUAUACAUGCAUGACUUGUCACAAUCUAGUAUUGUUGACAUUUAACAGUUCAAGAGAAAAGUAGAAACCUUUUCUGUCUUUACAUCCCUUUGCCCUCCCUGGUUUAUAAUAUAAUUGCCUUAUAUAUUCCCUUAUAUAUGUUGAGAACCACAUAAGACAAUGUUACAAUUUUUUGCUACAACUUUGAAACAUAAUUUAGAAAACUCAAGAGGAAAAGGAAAGUCUUAUAUUUGCCUGUAUUUUUGCUCUUUCCGUUGUUCUUUCUUCCAAGAGAUUUGUUGAUUGUUUUUGCUGUCUUGUAACUAUUUCAUGUUUAGAUUCCCAUAGACUGUUGACUGAGGAAAAAGAAACAAAACAAUAGGCUAUUUAUCUGUAAAUAGAAAGAUUGAAAUGACAGUGUAGAGAAGUGAGGUCAUGUUCUGAAUUAGGCACUUUUCUUGGACUUGGUAAGACCCAACCACCACUUUACACUGUGGAAGUCUCAUGAUUUAGGAUGAUGCCACUGAUGAGAAGGCCAGUAAGGAUCUAGUAUAAGUGAGGGGCUGAGGAAGCCCCAAAUUUCCUUCCAGAUUGGCAAGUUUGUAAUUGAUUAUGUUUAGUUCCUAACUGUGACCAUCUGAGUUCAAAAGAUUUUUACUCAAAUACUUUAUAGUAAGUGAUAAACCUAAUUCUAAAGAUUCUUGACAAAAGCCAUCUAGAAGGGUUCUUUUGCAUUAUCUUUUCAAUGUUAUAAUUUUAUUUUUUUUUAAGAUUUUUAUUUAUUUGUCAGAAAGAGAGGGAGCACAAACAGGAGGAGCAGAGGGAGCGGGAGAAGCAGGCCCCCCUGCUGAGCAGGGAGCCCAAUGCUGGACUUGAUCCCAGGAUCCCGGGAUCAUGACCUGAGCCAAAGGCAGAUGGUUAACCGACUGAGCCACCCAGGCAUCCCUAAUGUUAUAACUUUAAAGCAGUUACUCUUGUUCUGAUUAACUCCGUGUUAAGGAGAUAAACACUGUGUGUGUGGCUUUUCUUUCU